AAACUUUCAGCAGACAAGAGAAUUAGUAGGGAGCAAAAUGUAUACGAACAGGGGUCAUGUUGUAGUCACGCGUUUUCCGUUUAGCGCGAAUAUGUGUCACGGGACUUGUAGUUUUUCAGGUCUACUGACACAUUGACCUUACGAAGCGUAGAACUACAGAGGCUGAACGGUCUGGCGCAGCCGUAGUACGUUUCAUGGGUCGUAUAACUGCAUCCUGAAUGAUUCUCCCACCUCUCCUGUUGUCGACGGAAACGUGAGGAGAUAAACGGUAUUCUGGAAUUAAGUGGCAUUUGGAAUUUCUGUUAUUCAGGAAAUAUUGGGACAGCAAAAUGACAGAGCGCGUAAAUAACUUUCCUCCCCUGCCAAAGAUCCUAAGAAUAAAGCCAUGCUUUUACCAGAACAUCGAGGAGGAAAUUCCCGCGCCACACCAGCAGCUGGUGCGCAGAGUUUACACACUUUGGAUGAUGUACUCAGGCACUCUUUCUAUAAAUGUCAUCUCAUGCAUUGCUUGGUGGGCUGGAGGUGGCAGCGCCACAAACUUUGGCUUCUCGUUGCUGUGGCUCAUCCUCUUCAGCCCCUGUAGUUACACCUGCUGGUUCAGACCACUCUACAAAGCUCUCAGGGCCGACAGUUCCUUCAACUUCAUGACCUUCUUCUUCAUCUUUUUCCUUCAGUGCGUAUUGGCCCUCAUCCAGACUUUAGGCAUCUCUGGUUGGGGAACUUGCGGCUGGAUUGCCACAGUGAUGUUUUUCAGCCAAAAUGUGGGCUCCGCUAUAGUGAUGCUUAUCACAGCUCUGCUCUUCACUGUGGUGACCGCUUUAAUGGCUCUGGUUCUGAUCAAGGUGCACCGGCUGUACCGAGGCGGCGGCGGCAGUCUGGAGCGCGCUCAGGAGGAGUGGAGCUCCGGGAUGUGGAAGAGCGCCCCGGUGAGGGAAGCCGGGUUCAACGCCGUGGCGCAGACGGCGCAGGGCCCCAGUUUGCCCCAGUACCCCGCGGCCGUGCCCAGCUACCCCGACAACAGCCAGUGGUGAUGACAGGCAAUGGCCACUAGAGGGAGACAUGCGACAAACCAUUUCAAUAUUAUUUUGAAACUCCUUUGGAGCACUACUGCACAUGUCCCUUAAUUUACAAAUACUGGUGUGUUUGGGUCUGUUUUUUCUUUCUUUUUUUUAAUAUAUAUAUAUACAAAAAAGUUUUAUUAACAACCUUUGUCACUAAAGCUCAUCAAUAAGACCAACUUGAAGGUUGUUUUCAGCUCAUUCCAUUUAAACUUGUUUACAUACGGUGAAAAGAGGAAUGGCCGAUGCAGUUUUAUGCACAAAGGAAAGAUUUGUUAGACUGUGUGGUGUGCUGCAGAUUUUCGUUUGGAUAUCCUUAAGGUCCACGGGCCCUUUCCCUGCUAACGGCGUGUGAAGAACGUGUGCCUUAAAGAUGGAAUGGUUUUGUGUGUUGCCAGAACUGCAUGCUGAGUAUUGUUGUAACCCUGAUACGGCUCCAUUUACAUGGAGUGGAAUCUUUCUCUCUGCACUCUUGCUGGACUUUAGUUUAUUUUUGAUACGCUGUGCCUGAUACUUCCACGCUUGCCUGUGGUUUCUUGCAGUGCGCCUUAUAACUGCGUGCAGAUCCUGCAUGCAAAAGAUGUCGUGCUCGACUUUGCGCCUUUUAAACAAGCUGCUUUUUCGGGGGGUCGGGGAGGGGGGCACAAAACUGGACUUAUGCUUCAGUGAAGCAGCCCCUCUGUGGGAUUUUACACUCAGAUGCCAAAACACUUUUUUCUCUUUUCAAUUAUUUUGACACAACAGAGACACACCCAGAGAAGACAUUGUGCUGUAUUCUGCAUGCGUCUCUAUUGUUUUCAGAGCUGCGCUGUUUGCUUUCAGUGGUCAGCGACCUGCAGUGGAAGCGGCUUAUCGGCUGCUGUAAACGUUCCAGUCGCUUUCACUUUCCCACUGAUUUUCUGGAUCCUCCCGCUUAAUGACUAUAGUGUGAUGGCAUGCAUCCUGUUGUUCAAGCCUCUCUCAUUUCAAAUAAACUGACAUGAUGGUAGAUAGUGGCGGGCAAAAGUGGUCGAUUGAAAUCUUGCAUGCACGGAUUGUUUAACUGCAAACAUAAUGUUGGAAAUGACCUGCUAACCUGUCCCUGUUUGCUCUGUUGGUAUUCUAAUGCUAGUUUGAAGAUAUUAAGUGUCAAGCCUCUUUUAAGAGAUAAAGGUGCCUGAAUAGAUGAAAGUGCCCUUCAUGUCCAACUGCCAAAUGUAGGAUUUUUAUUUUUUUGCUUUUUGAUAAGUGACAGUGAAACGGACAUGUGGAAACCCCCUUUAAUUAUUGCAAGCUUUCAAUAAAUAUUCACAUUCAC